AUAAAGUGUAGUAAUGUUUUCAUAAAUAGGUAAUGCAACUAUAGCUGAUUGCGUUAUAAAUUGUGAAUGUGCAAGAAAAGACUUUUACAGAGAGUUACACUGAUCACAAUAAUGUAAACAUGUUAGAAGAAAUAUGCAUUCUUUUCAUAACGAUUUCGACCUGUUCUCUUGGAUUCAAUUUGUCAUGCCCUGGAUCAGGGCAGUGGACUUUCAGAGCAAUGGUUUAUUGUUCUGAUCUGAAUAUGUACACCUGUCUCUUAGAUACCACCAAAUCCCGUUAUACAGAAACAUGUGAUGGAGAUAGAAAGGAAAUUGACGGACAAAAAACAACCAUAAACAGGAACAACUUUGAUGCUGCAAAAUGCAAGCUAGACAGGUUUCAGCCGAUGGAUUUUACAACAGUUGGAAACAGUGACUGUGUUUUCCAAAAGUCAAAAUGUGAACAGGAAGGUCAAAUUGCUGGACAUGAAAUUAAGGAAAAAACUUCUGUAUUAGACACAAAUUGCUUGUGUGAUUACACGAAAGGAUAUUCGUUCAUCAAUAUACCGCGAGACAAAUGCUACUGCAGUCCAUCAGUUGAUGAUUGCUCUUGUUUCCGAGAGUUUUGUCCAUCAGGGAAAAUAUUGUCACCAGAUUAUCAAUGCACUACUCAGAUCGAUAUGAAAAACAGGAAGUGGAAUUGUUCGAAAAUCGCAUCUGCAGAUAAAAGUCAAAACGGCGAUCAAGUUCAACAAUCUAUAGACCCCAAAAAUGAAAGACGGUCUAGAAUGGCAGUUCAAGUGAUUGUCCCGAUUUUAGUGUUAAUAAUGGCAGGUCUACUAAUUUGGUGCUGGAAAACAUCGAAGUUAGACAAAAUUAAAGAAAGGAUUAUAUGCUUAGUAUGUAAAAAAGGCGAUGACAACGAGUCAGAGAAGAUGACCAUUGAGACCCAACAUUCACCGGAAAAGAACGACAAAAUAAAACACAAAUUGCCUGACAAAGACAAUGCCAAUGAAUCAGAGGAGAUCAUCAUACCCACUGAGAUCACACUUGCAUCAGAUAAGAACGACAAAAUACAAUACGAAGCAUAUGAAAAAGACGAUGACGAUAAGUCAGAGGCAAUCAACCUGUCCACUGAGAUCCUACAUUCACCAGAUAAGAACGACGAAAUACAACACGAAUUAUCAAGACAAAGGGACAGUAAAACAAGUGUUCAUGAUCUAUCCUCAUCACAAGAAGACUUGAAAUAUAAUCAAAUUGAUGGCCGUAAAACUGAUUCAUCUUCAUCUGAAGACGAUGAAAAAUUAUCAUUCAAAUCCACACAGAGUAGCAUUACUGGAUUAAAUGAAUCUGAAGACAAAAACAGAGUUACGAAUAACUCAAAAGACACUACAAAAGACAGUGGAGAUAUAACGAAAGAAUCAGAUGAAGAGAACUGCAUGGUUGAGGUCGAGGAAAAUAAGAUAAAGAAAAUAGAAGAAUUGAGAACAUUUGCAAAAGAUCAAAAAGACAAACAUGAUGUCCCUGUUGACGAAACUUGCAACGUUAUGGCCGAGUUUGAAAAGACUUCUGCGCAAGACAAUACAGAUGACAGUGAUGGAUUAGAUGCGAAAAAGUCCGAAAUUGAUAAUAAAAAGCGGUAUGAAUCUAGUUCUCAGAUUCAGGCAAAGACGCAACAACAGCAUGAGAACAGUGUUUUUCCGUUUUCAAGUUUUAGAAUGGAUAUUACCAUGAUGCAGUAUCAAUGGUUUCAUUCAGCUUAA